AUGCCUUGGCCUGCUGUGCCAUUAGAUUCAACUCGUCUUAUCAAAGCGUAUUUUCAAUCUUCUUAUAUUCCAAGAUUGUUCAUUGUUUCAUCCGAUGGAAAAAUUCUUUCACAUCAAGGUGUUGACGAUGUUAAACGUAAAGGUAUAGACGCUUUGAAAACAUGGACACAAGGAGAAACAGUGGCUCCUCCAGUGGAAGAUGAAUUUGAAUGGGAAGAUAUAUCAUGUAAUGGAUGUAGCAUGGAUCCUAUUAUUGGUCAAAGAUACUGUUGUUCUUCAUGUGAUAAUUAUGAUCUAUGUUCAACAUGUGCAAAGAAAGGACAUGAACAUCCACUUGAAUUGGUACCACAAUCGACUGAAGAUGACGAUGAUUGA